AUGCAACCUGAAAUGCCCGUUUGCAAGUACUCACUGCUUGCAGGAGGCCGUAAUGGCAGUGCCGCGGUUUCACUGAAUUUAGGCGAUAUAAUCUAUCAUCAGUGGGAUUGCUCUGAGCAAAAGGGUGAUUUCUAUUGUAUGUUACUGCAUACGUGCACCGUUGAUAGUGGUCAAGGGAACAUGCAGACGAUUAUCGAUGAAGACGGGUUAGUUGUUGCUUUAUCAGUUACAGUCUUAUCAUUAUUGUGCUGA